UGGGAGGUUGGUACAGUGGAUUUAAAAAACAGGAGUUUAAACUUUUUGUCAUGCUUUCUUUUCAUAGCCAUCAAUGUCUGAAGUUACUUAUGCAGAUCUAAAAUUCCAGGACUCCAGCAAGAUAAAAUGUACUCAGAACUUUGACCAAGUUGGUGUAAAAGCACCUCCUGCUCCUUCCCAUGGGUGGCAUCAAAGAGACUUGGCUCUUAUUCUUCUGUGCCUUCUGCUGAUGACUGGAUUGGGCGUCUUAGGAAGCAUAUUUCAUAAAACUUCAAAGAUAGAAACAGAAAAAUUUAAAAAUCUACAAAAUCUCAAAGAAGAACUUCAGAGAAAUGUUUCUCUACAACUGACAUAUAAUAUGGAUAGUUUCAAGAAGAUCAGGAACCUCUCUAUCACACUUCAAGAAAUGGCCACCAAAUUAUGUUACGAGCUAUGUAGAAAAGAACCAGAGCAUAAAUGUAAACCUUGUCCAAAGGAAUGGAUAUGGCAUGAAGACCACUGUUAUAAACUAUUUAAAAAGUAUGACACAUGGCAAAAGAGCAACAUGACAUGUUCUGCUCACAAUGCCAGCUUGUUGAAGAUUAAGAGUAAAAGUGUACUGGAAUUUAUAAAGUCCCAGAACAUAUAUAACUAUUGGCUAGGAUUAUCUCCCAGAAAAACUUACACAAAGUACAAAAACUUGGAUGAGAUAUUUAUCUCCUCUGAUUGGUUUACAAGAAACACAAAUGAAUUAAAUGAUGGAAUGUUUUGUGGCUAUACAAGAAAUACAAAGUAUGUUUUUUAUGCUUCCUGCACUUCCUCAAAAGAUACUGUAUGUGAGAAGUUAGCUAAUCCAGUGAAGAUUGAGAGUACACUAAUGAAUGAAGAACCAGAUGGAAGCAUGUAGUUAGUGUAACUAUUUUGCCUCAGAUGUCCUGCAAGCAAAGGCAGCUUUAAAAGACAUACAUCUUGUGGACCACAAGAAUGGAACAAAAAUGCUAUGAACCUAAACUUCUAUCUCUUGCCUAACAAUUUACAUUUUCAAAUCUAUUCUUUCCCCUCAUUUUGUAAGUAAAAGAAACCUAAAGUGAGACCUAAAGUCAAAUCAUAUAAUUUAGAUAUAGUCCAGAUAAUAUUAAUCAUUGAUACAGAGUUUUGGGUGAGAAUACUGAAAAUGAAAGUAAUUUUUCCCUGUUUUUCCAGACAUAAACAAGGUAAAUACCAAC